AUGGCCACGCCGCUGUCAUCCACGCCGGCGAGCGGGAGCCGCAGCCGCGGCGCCGCCGCCGCUUCUCCGAUCAGCCCGACGCGGCUCAGCCGGCUGCAAGAGAAGGAGGAGCUGCGGCAGCUCAAUGACCGCCUGGCCGCCUACAUCGAGCGGGUGCGGACUCUGGAGGCCGACAAGUCGGUGCUGCAGCAGCGGCUGGUCGACCUGGAGGCGGGUAGCGGCCGGGAGCUGGGCUGCCUGCGGCUCCGCUACGAGGCGGAGCUGGCCGACGCCCGCCGUGCGCUGGAUGACAUCGCUAUUGAGCGGGCCGCGCUGCAGGUGGAGCUGGGCAAGAUCGGCGAGGAGCACCGGCAGCUGCACAGCAGGAAUUCAAAAAAAGAAGCUGACCUGAACCUGGCACAGGCUCGUAUGAGAGAUCUUGAUGCUCAGCUGAACGCAAAGGAAGCUGACCUGGCAACAGCUUUGAGUGAGAACCGGACUUUGGAGAAUGGCCUCCGUGAGUUAAAGGAUCAAGUAGUCACUCUGGAGCUGUCACUGGAAGAUGCCAAAAAGCAUCUCCAUAGUGAAAUGUUGAGAAGGGUGGACCUGGAAAAUCAUUUGAAAACUUUGCAGGAGAAAAUGACCUUCCAGAAGUGUCUUCAUGAAGAUGAGCUCAAGGAAAUGAAAAGAGUCCAUGAGAGCAGAAUAGCAGAAAUGGAGUCUGGUCGUCGGAGAGAAUUUGAGAGUAAGCUCUCAGAUGCUCUGCAGGGGCUCAGAAAACAGCACGAAGAACAAAUUCAAGGAUACAAGGAGGAGCUGGAGCGAACAUUCAGUGCAAAAGUGGAGAAUGCCCAGCUUUCUGCAGCAAGAAACAGUGACUUUGCCAAUGCUGCUCGAGAGGAGUUAAUGGAAACAAAACUUAGACUUGGUAAUCUGACAUCUGAAAUUAAUCACUAUCAAAGCCAGAAUGCUGCUCUGGAGAACAGAGUGAAGGAGCUACAGGAGAUGCUGGAUAAAGAUCGUGAUCUACAUCGAAAGCGUAUGGCUGAAAAAGAGAAAGAAAUGGCACAAGCCCAGAAGAAGGUUCAGGAACAGUUGGAAGAAUAUGAGCAUCUCUUAGAUGUGAAACUGGCUCUAGAUCUGGAAAUAAAUGCCUACAGAAAGAUGCUGGAAGGAGAGGAACAGAGGCUGAACAUAUCACCUAGUGCAUCUUCACAUAGCAUUGCAACUCAAGCAACAAGUGAAGGGCGACGGUUUCUGCAUGGGAGAAAAAGGAAAAUGAAAGCCAGAAAGAGAGAGCAUAGUGCUGGAUUUAAGACUGUUCAGCAUGCUUCAUCUUCUGGAAAAGUGUCUAUAGAAGAAAUUGAUGCAGAUGGGAAUUUUGUCAGGCUUAAAAACAACUCUGAUGAGGAUCAGCCGCUACACGGAUGGGUGCUGAGAAGACAUCUUGAGAGUGUGUCAGAUGUAACAUACAAAUUCCCCUCACAGUUCACACUUCAGGCAGGCCAAGUAGUUACGAUCUGGGGUGCAGCUGCUGGUGUAAGCCCAGGUCCUAGUGACCUGAUCUGGAAGUCUCAGAAGUCUUGGGGAUCUGGGUAUAACAUUGGUGUUACGCUCAUCACAGAUGAAGGUGAGGAACUGGCAGAGAGAAAAUUAAUGCAUGUACCCAGAGAAGAAGAAAGUGGUGAGCAAGAUGAUGAGUAUGAAGAACUAAUGGGAAGUGAAGUGGAGCUUCCACCUCAGACCAAAAGAAGAAGAAAAAAGAAAUGUUGUUUGGUUUCAUGAUAGUGAUUCCUGUGAGCAUCCUUAAGCAGCAAAAUGAAGAUCCCAGCUGUUCUAUUAUGUAAUAUGGACAUGGAGAUGAUCACUUGAAAACACUUCUAAACCUCAAGUGACAUUUUGGACUUAAGUGUGUGGUGGUACCUUCUGCAAUAUUUGAAAACAUCUUGGAAUUUACAUCUCCCAUCUGACCUCUUUGUAAGAAAAACUGUCCAUGACAUAAUGCCUUCUGAUACUGUACCCUGUGCUGGAAUCACUGAUAUGAAGAUCAGUAGAAUACAAGCUCUGUAGGAAGCUCUUUUACUCUGUCACAAGGAUUUGAUUUCCAUGACCUGCUGAAACAAGAGUGUGCACAGUUCACAAAGCUGUUUGAUGCAUGUCCUAGAAGGAUGAUAAAUAAUUGAGACUGAGCAUAGGCUGUCUCAGCUUUCUCAAUAUUCUGGUAUGUUGUUUCUCCAAAGGCGAUUUCUGUUUCAAGCCAGAGUGGGUAACUACCUGUGCCAGAUCAUGUCACAGCUGGGAUGUUGUGAGCAGUUGGCUGAAGUAACACAUCCUGAAGAGUGCUGACUAUCUGAAAUGGUUUCUGCUUGUAUCCUGAUGCUGAGAUGUCUAGAUCACUAGCUGAAGAACUUCCUAGAGUAACAAAAUUUUUCAAGUCAAAUCAAGCUGUGAUGUAUUCCUCUUGUUUAUUAAAUGUACUGUUUCUUUAUUCUAGUACAUAGAAAUUACCAACUGCAGUAUUUCAUGUUUCUAGGUGCAGCAUAGCUUUUAGUUCUGAUUUGCUGGAACAAUAACAUUGACAGAUAUAUCCUGCAAAUGUGAAACAUUCCAACAGAAGGUACUGUAACUAGCAAUACUAGCACUCUGGUCCCAGAAAGCCAGCAUUCCAAGUGGCUUGGAAGAAAAAUACUGAUAAAAAUCAAAAUGACAAAGGUGCAUUAAAAGUAUUAGCUCUUAGUCGCUGUGUACUGAAGGUCUGACAAGGGCAGUCUGCAGUCCUGCUUUGUAUGUCUAGCUGGGAAGUGGGGGCAGAGUGCUAUCUGUUGGCCAGUACUUAAUUUAAUAGCUUUGUAGCUAUCUGAAGGCUGACCUCUAGCCCUUAGAAACCAUGUGGUCAGCCUUCAUAAUCCCUUCUUUCAGCGUCUGUUUACCAAAAUGCUUACCUGGUGGUUAUAUGGCAAAGAAAGAACCUCAAUGAGCCUUGCAGGUCCUCUUCUCUUUAAGAGCAUAAGCAGCUGAUGUUGCAGAUCAGUCAGUGCUGGCUUUUUUGUCUGCAUCUGUUAUCUUACCAAAAUAUUAAGUUCUGAGUUUUGAGAUCUGUUCUAUAGUUGGAUGCAGUUAUUAAUAUGAGGAUUUUCUUACACUAGCUUAAUGUUCUUAAAUUAAGCUGUUUAGGUCUUUAAAAAGAUGAAAACUAAUGCUGAUUUAAUACAUUUUAUCAGUUUUGAACUCCUGUUAUACCUUUUGCUCCAUAGAGAAAUAAAUGUUGCUAUAUCUUUCUA